AUGACGAGGCCCAAGCGUCUUAAGGUUGCCGUAGCCGGCCUGGGGCGUAUGGGCAAGCGCCAUGCCCUUAAUUUUCUGUCAGUUCAACGCGCUGAGCUCGUGGCCGCGUUCUCUCCUGAUGCUGGUGAGCGGGCCUGGGCCGAAGAAAACCUGGUGCCGUGGGGAGCGCAGAUAUACUCCAGCUACGAGGAGAUGAUCCAGCAUCCCGGACUCGAAGCCGUGUGUAUCGCCACCAUCACGGCAGCGCAUGCCGAGGAAUCCAUCAAGGCCAUCGAAAAGGGCUUGCACGUGUUGUGCGAAAAGCCCCUGAGCACGACCGUAGAAGUGAGUCAGAUGGUCGUGGAUGCGGCUGCAAAGCGACCGGAUCUCAAAGUGAUGUGUGGCUUCUCGCGUAGAUUUGACGAGAGCUACCGCAACGCCUACGCUCAUGUCGAAAACGGGAACAUUGGCACGCCAUGCGUCUUCAAAUCCAGCACGCAAGAUAAGCACGACCCGACCGGAUUCUUUGUCCAGUACGCGAAGAACAGCGGCGGCAUCUUCGUUGACUGCAACGUGCACGAUAUCGACCUUGCGUUCUGGUUUCUGGGUGAGGACCUCAUUCCCAAGAGCGUGACGGCAUAUGGCAUUACUGCCAUUGAGCCCGAGCUCCGAAAGUUCGGCGACGUCGACAAUGCCUUGGGGAUGGUCGAGUUCUACGGCGGCAAGAUGGCCAUGUUUGGAUCGUCUCGAAUGAUGGCUGCCGGUCAACACGACGAGACGUGCGUGCUGGGAACGAAGGGCCAAGUCACCAUCAACACAAACCCGAACCAGAACCUUGUUGAGUUCCAUGCUAGCGACGGAAUAAGGAGAGAAAUCCCGCAGACCUACUGGGAUCGCUUCCGAGAGGCCUUCCGCACAGAGGCUGAAGAGUUCGUAGACUGCUGUUUGACUGGCAAGGAACUGCCCUUCAAAAUCAAUGGUGCUUUGAAGGCGGUUAUGAUUGGGAACGCGUUGCAAGAGAGCUUGAGAACAGGCAGGAUGAUUAGAUUUGACGAGAAUGGUAGGAGAAUCGAGGAACUCAAUUAA